UUCUCCCACAUAACAGUUGACUCAAUCCGCAUUUCAGACACGCACUUGAUUUUGGAUCCACGCGAUGCAUUUUUCACACAUCCGUGGGCGACGCCGGUCGACGGGACAAUGAGGAAUAACCCCGUUAACGAUUGGGAUUAGAAAGCGAGGGCCUUCACGGAGUUUGCGUAAAGUGGAGUACAACACUCAUGGACGCUUUGGACGCGGCUCCUGUACCCUUCAGGAGCUUUGAAAAGAACGACUUUGAGACGGACUGGACUAAAGUUGGAGAAGGCAAAUUUGGACAGGUCUAUCAAGUCAAGAUCAAGCUUUGGCGGGAGGUUUGCGCCCUUAAAGUCUUUGACACAACCGUGGGUACAAAUAACCAUUGCAGAAAACUGAUGGAGGAUGCGUCCAACAUAGCAAAAGUUAAAUUCAAGUACCUGGUGUCGGUCUAUGGUUUCUGCAUCGACGUGCCUGCCAUUGUAAUGGAGUACAUGAGUAAUGGAUCCUUGACUACCCUCCUGAAUAGUCACAAUCUGAUGUGGCCCAAGAAGUUCCAAAUCAUUCACGAGGCUUCCAUGGGCAUGAACUUCCUCCACAGCCUGCAACCCCCAUUACUCCAUCUCAACCUGAAACCAUCCAAUAUACUAAUAGAUGCCCAUCUUCAUGUCAAGAUUUCAGACUUUAGUCUUAUCCAUUGUGAAGAAGGAACAGACAAGAAGUUGUUUAUGGAGCAUUUGAUUGCAAGAGGGAAUCUCAGCUACAUUCCUCCUGAGAUUUUCACUCAGUCCUGUGAACCUCCUGGACUUUCCUUCGAUGUGUACAGCUUUGGAAUAGUAAUCUGGGAGAUUCUGACACAACAAAAGCCAUAUACAGGGUGCAGCAUGACCACCGUGCUCUUAAAUGUGUCACAUGGCAGGAGACCCUGCGUGGAGAUCAUGCCUGAGCAGAGGCCACGUGAGUGUGAUCAGAUGAUCAGCAUCAUGAAGCAGUGCUGGGAUCAGGAACAAGAAAAUAGGCCACCGUUCUCAGAAACUGUGAGGAAAACAGAGGCCCUAAGUGAAGUCUUGAAGAUCCCCGGACCAAUCGAUUUCGACCGCAGCAGAGAAAAUGGACACAGUUUGGACUUUCCCAGCACCUAUAAAAUUUAUUCGCCUCACUUUCCCGACCUUCCUCCAGAAGAACAAUGCGGCAAGGACAACGUGCUCUCGUUCCUCUUUAAGAAGGAUUUCGGUAGUUUCCGAUCGUCUGUGAAGCGGGAGCACGUGAGCACACAAUUUAACGGCAAAAAGAGUCUCCUGCACUACACGGUGGCCAGCGGGGAUGUCAAGAGCGUGGAGCACGUCUUGAGUCUGGGCGCUGAAGUUGAUUGUGUCAUGGCGAAAGGCUACACACCUUUGAUUGUAGCUGUCCUCAACAGGCUUCACGAUAUCAUCUCUCUGCUGCUGGAACAUGGCGCCAAUCCCACUCAGGGAGAUGAUGACCAGUGGACGGGCGUCCAUUUCGCGGCUCAGAACGGCGACGACAAGGCCAUCCGUCUACUGUUGGACCGCGGGGCGACGGCGGAUCCCCGUGAAAAAUCCGGCUGGACGCCCCUGCACUUGGCCUGCCAGAACGGCCACGAAACGGUCGUCCGCCUGCUGCUGACGCGGCUUUCCGUCAAGGCGAUCGGGGAGCGGGAGGACGUGGAGGACAGGACGCCGCUUCACCUGGCUGCCACUUACGGUCACAUCAAUAUAACCAAACUGCUCCUCUCCCAGGGAGCCGAUCUCAACGCUACUGACAGCUCCCUGUCCACUCCUCUUCACUUGUCAGCCAAGGCGGGCCAUAACAGAAUCGUACGGCAGUUGGUGAAGGACGGCGCUGUGGUUGAUAGCGCGGACAAAAGAGGACACACUCCGCUUCACCUGGCAGCUCUCGAUGGCCACAAAGGCAUAUGCAGGCAACUCCUGACCAACGGGGCCAGCCCGGACACCAGAACCCACCAGGGCUGGACCGCCAUGCACCUAGCCGUCAUAAAGCGGCACGAAGCCACCAUGACGGACCUGAAAAAUCUGGGUGCUAGCGUCAACGCUCCUGGUGAGAACGAUUGGACUCCUCUGCACCUGGCCUGCCACCAGAGCGAGACCGAAAUGGUGGCCAAACUCCUUGCCGCCCACGCCGACCCGAAUGUGACAGAGAAGAGUGAGCAGUGGACGCCGUUGCACGUCGCCUGCGCCAGUCUCAGCUUCCCCAGCGUCCUGCAUUUGAUUUCUCAUCGUGCAGAUGUGAAUGCUACGAGCGCAGCGCAAGCUACGCCGUUACACAUUGCCGCUCAGCACGGCCACUCGCCCAUUGUGAAGGCGCUACUGCUCAACGGCGCCAACAGAACUCAACGAGACUCCUCGGGAGCGACACCUCUCGAUGUGGCAAAGAGGCACGGAAAAUGUGAAAUAGUCCAGUUACUGGAAAAUUGACAUCCAUUUUUCAUUUGAUCUUUUCAUUGACUUGUUAAUAUACUUUGACUUUUUUUGUUGAUAUACUUUUAUAUUUUGAGCAGUCCCCGUAUUCGUACUCACAGAUUGUUAUAUAUUGUAUAUGUAUAUAUUUUUUAUCCUCUGCGAAGCACUAAUAUUUCUUCAAAUACAUAUGGCCUCCACUCAAAACCUUAUUUUGUCUUUUAUUUAUUUUUUUAAACAAAUUUUUCUCACUUAAACAAUAGAUCAUAUAUUGUAAAUGAAGACCCCAAUAGUUAAUUAAACAUUAUAAGCCUCAAAAUGAUUUAAACAAUCAAUUCAA